CCGAAGAUGGCCGGAUCGGUGUCACAGCAACUCGAGGAUCUGUUGAACCCUCUGCCCAAAUUCACGGAUCCAGAGGACGAUCCCGAUGAAGAGACUAAGGCAAAGACCAUCGAUGAGUUUAAUGAAGACGACGUCGAAGAUGGAAUUGCCCUUAGUAUUCUGCGUCAACACAACAUUUCCCUGCUCUCGGAUACGGACGGUCGGUAUUUAGGGAAGGCAGUCUCUCGUAAACAACUUCUAAUGGAUAUCGAGGGAUCUGUAGAUGAUGAUGAUGAUGACGGGAACGAUAUAAAAGAAAGCGAAGGCAGCUCUGUAGGAGAGGAUGAUUUUGAAUCUGGAGACGACGACGACGACAUUGGUUAUGAAAACGAAGAGGAAGGAGAAGAGAUGGAAGAAAAACAGAGUAUUCUUGGAGAAUCAGCGAUUAAAACUUUGAGUAAAAUGAGGGCCACUGACAUUACCUUUCCCCAGGAGAUGGACUUGCAUAAACUGACAGAGGGAAUGGACAAUCUGGGAGAGAGUGACGAGAGUAGUGAAGAGAGCGAAGAGGGAGAUGAUGAUAGCUCAGAGGAGGAUGAGAUGGAGGAUGAUGAUGAAGACGAGGGAACUGUUAGGACAUUCUCUCAAGAGAAAAUAGAUGAGGAGGUGGGGAGAGGGAAAGCUGUAAAGGAUCAACUCGCUUUGUGGGACCAACUGCUUGAGGGACGAAUUAAAAUCCAGAAAGCUCUUGUCACAGUCAAUCAAUUUCCACAACCACAGACUUUUCCAGAAUUCAAGAAGAGGGGUGAAUAUGAAAUUAUGGGGGCAUUGAAAAACAGCCACAAAGCCUUAAAGGCUCUCCAAAGGUCCCUUUUGGAGCUUCAAGAUCAGCUGUUAUACCAGAGCCCAGAUACAAGGCCAAUCUGCCUGGGUGAGAUGUUGGGAGCAGAAUCCCAAAAUGUGGAUGUGGUGAUAAGUGGAGAUAAGAAAGAGGAAAUGCAGGAAAGAAGAAAUGUAGGGGAGGCUGGUCCUCCCAAACGUAAAUUGGAGAUGGGAGAAUACCCAGAUUUCAUGGCUAAACGCUUUGCUAUGUUCCAGCCCUACUGCAACACCACACUGCAAAAGUGGCAUGACAGAACCAGACUGACCAUGGGCAAGGGCAGCAAAGGGUUUGGGGCAUUUGAUAGAAACAUAACAACCCAGGUAGAGCAUGUCCUGAUGGACAUGGAGAGACUGUUGCGACGCACCCAGCACCAGCGGUCAGAAUACAGAGUCCUAGGGAAAAAAGAGGGCUCUGCUUCAACCUCUGAGACUAUCCCCACUGAGGGAGAAGAGGCAGAACAUCUGCUGAAAGCCAACGCACAUCUCAAAGACCUGGAUGAGGAUAUCUUUGAUGAUGAUGAUUUCUAUCAUCAGCUCCUUAGAGAGCUCAUAGAAAGAAAGACGAGUACAACAGACCCCAACGACCAGGUAGCUAUGGGAAAGCAAUGGCUGGCCAUCCAGAAGUUGCGCAGCAAAAUCAAGAAGAAGGUGGAUACCAAGGCCAGCAAGGGACGUAAAGUCAGGUUUCAGAUUCACAGUAAGCUUGUGAAUUUUAUGGCUCCUGUCGAUCACAGUUCAAUGAAUGAUGAGGCAAGGACUGAGCUGUAUCGUUGCCUGUUUGGUAAAAAUUCCUUUAUACAACAUUGAGCUCCGGUGUAAAUUGAGGUCUUACAUGGAGGACAUGAACUGGAUAAGUCAUUAGAGAAUACAAAUAAUGUCGCCUUUUCCAUUUCUCCAGGAAUGGCAAAAAACAACAGACUGGAGUAGGUAAGGCAGAUUCAGAGCCUGCUGUUUUGUCUCUGAUAGCCUGUUUCUGACAUCUGUCAAGGAAAUCCACAUGCCAAGCUGAUUGAAUUAGUUUUAUUUUGUGGUGGGGGCUUCAGUAUUGGGUUUUUUUUAAGUCAAAUUAUACUGUUUUUUUUUCUUUUAAAUAACACACCUUGUACAAACAUUUAGUUUCAAUGUGGGUUUUGUCUCAUGCAGAAUUUGAUAAAGCAUUUUUUAAUACCGGGGUAUAGCCUAAAGUAAGCAACCAAAAGAGCUGUACUUUCAUAUUUAACUUAAGUGGUCCAACAAUAGGCUUAAUAUUGUGACUCUUAACAGUGUCAUAAGUAUAACUGAUAAUUGUGUGUUUACUUUCAUAUGUGUAGAGAAUUAUAACGUGCAUUUUUAACGGAAAAAAAAUCAUUAUCAUGCUGCCAUAUUAAGUCAAAUAGGCAAUUUUAUCCCUAUUUACUUCCACAUGUGCUGGUACCCAACAUUUAACUUUAAAGCAACUUUUGAUUUUUGCUGUAUAACAAGAAAAAUGCUUUGAGAUGAGAAUAAACAACGAUAAGA